UUGUGCGCGCGGCGGUUCUUCGGCACCGGAAGCUUCCAGAGAAGCUUUGGUCGCGAGGAGAAAAUAGGCAUGGUGCAGUCGGGCGUGAGCAACACCAUCCACGAGGUGACGGAGGCCAUCAUUUCCGUGUCUGCCCGGAGAAAGUUGGUGGACUUUUCAUUGACACCGGCUGCCAAGGAUGAGGCAAAGGCGGCGUUUGCGCGACGCGGUGCCAUUCCAGGCGUGCUAGCGUGCGUUGACGGCACGUUGAUCGCCAUUAUGAAGCCAGAGGGACUCAGCCUGGCCGACACGGUGAGCUUCAUGUCGAGGAAGGGUUAUUACGCCCUAAACGUCAUGGUCGUGUGCAAAUCAGAACUUUGCAUCCUUGUUGUGGACCUCCAGUUCCCUGGUUCGGGCCACGACUCUUGGGUGUGGCAGCAUAAUCCACUGUGUGCGCGCCUAGCCGCACAACUGCAGCCUGGCUAGUAUCUGUUUGGUGCCCAGCUACGACUUGUGCCAGGGAGCGCACCUUCUCCAGGAUGCCCUCCUGAGCCGCUGCCGUCCUCUCUGCCGCGACAGCGAGCCGGGUUGUGGAUUGUUCGAUCCUCCGCAGCACCUGAAAUGAAUAAUUGUGGUGGAAUUGUUCGCAUGAGUUGCUGAUUACUCGCAACCAGCUCAUCACUGGAAGCUGUUGUUGUCAAGAAUUGAAACGUGCACAACAAUUGCCCACCUCCCUCGCUGUAGCCACUGUGGUGUCUAUCCUCCCAACACAUCACAUAUCCUAUGGCAAUGCCAUCCAAAACUACCCCCCCGCCCUUUACCCAAACCUUCAUCCCUCCCAUCUGCCCUUCCUCCGAGUGACUGACCGCAGCAACCACCCUUCACGACCAACGAUUCCUUGCGAACUUUAUCGGCCUAGCGCUGAAGCACGCCGCAAGCGACGCCCUGGACUCAGGGCAUCGAUGCAUUUUUUAUCGCAGAAUAAAAAAAGUGAUUUCUCUCUCUCUCUCUCUCUGAUGAAGAGCCACUGGCCUGAUGGCAUCCUUUGGCAGUGUCACGCGUCAUGUACAAGCUAUGCCCUCUUUGUUUGGACAGACAAGGACCUGUUGGAACUACUUUUCCGUCAUCUACUCAAAUGCAUCUCUUA